AUGCCUGUCAACAAGUGUCCAAAGAAAUCAGAGCCUCUGUGGAAGGACUGGGACCGGAAAGCCCUGAAGAAUGGAAUGAGGCACCAAGUGUUUGCAGUGAAUGGCGAUCACUAUGUGGGCGAAUGGAAGGACAACCUAAAACAUGGGAAAGGAACACAGGUGUGGAAGAAGAGCGGUGCUAUCUAUGAAGGGGACUGGAAGUUUGGAAAGCGAGAUGGCUAUGGCACCUUCAGUCGUCCAGACCCAGAGACUGGAAAGUACAGAAGGGAGUACUCAGGCUGGUGGAAAGGGGAUAAGAAAUCGGGCUAUGGGAUCCAGUUUUUCGGACCCAAGGACUAUUACGAGGGUGAGUGGUGUGGCAACCAGCGCUGCGGGUGGGGACGCAUGUACUACAGCAAUGGCCAAAUCUACGAGGGCCAGUGGCGAAACGACAAGCCUGAAGGGGAGGGCAUGUUGCGGCUGAAGAAUGGCAACAGAUAUGAGGGCAGCUGGGAGAGAGGCAUGAAGAACGGACAUGGGCGUUUCUUUCACCUGGACCACGGGCAGCUGUUUGAAGGCUUCUGGGUGGACGACGUGGCUAAGUGUGGUACCAUGAUUGACUUUGGCCGUGACGAGGCCCCGGAGCCCACCCAGUUCCCCAUUCCUAAGGUAGAGAUUGAAGACCCAGACGGUGUGCUGAGGGAAGCCAUAGCUGCACUGAUGAACUCAAAGAAAGAAGAGGACUGA